AUGUCGAUUUCAACAAUCCGACGACAGGUGAAAAAUGUUGCGUACAAUUUUUCGGAUGCGCAAGUCAAAGUCAGAGAAGCGACUAGCAACGAUCCCUGGGGACCAUCAACAGCCCUCAUGUCCGAAAUUUCCGACCUCACACACAAUCCAAUGGCAUUCACCGAGAUUAUGUCAAUCAUUUGGAAACGUUUGAAUGAUUCGGGCAAAAAUUGGCGACACGUUUAUAAGAGUUUGGUGUUGUUGGACUUUUUGAUCAAGUGUGGAAAUGAGAAGGUGGCGCAACAAUGUCGUGAAAAUGUUUUUACGAUUGAGACACUCAAAGAUUUUCAACAUGUUGAGGAUAAUCGUGAUCAGGUUGGCUUUUUUUUCUUCGAGAAAAAAAAGAAUAAUUUUGGUUACAGGGUUUGAGUGUUCGCGAAAAGGCCAAGCAAAUCACAUCAUUGCUCGCUGAUGAGGAACGUUUGAAGAACGAGCGAGCUCGCUUCAUCUUGACUCGCAACAAGUUCAAGAACAGCGCCGCUGCAACUGGAUCGGUUGGCGCGGAAUCAAGGCGAAACCGUCAUCAUAUUACGGAUGUUUCACUAGAUCCGGAAUACGAAGAAGCUCGCCCUUCCACAGCUACCGAGGAAGAAAUGCAAUUGCAAAUCGCGUUGGCUUUGUCAAGAGAAGAACACGAGAAAGCGGAUGAGAUGCGAAAAUCGGAUGAAGUUGGACUUCAACUUGCACUUGAGGAAUCGAAGAAGGAGGCUGAGCGACUGUCGCAUACAAAACAAGGUGUUGUUGGAAGCGGACAGUUGACUCAAUCCGCUUUGGAUGAUUUGCUCUCGUUGGGUGUUGGUGAACUCGUCACAUCAUCAUCAAACGAUCCGUCGAGUUCGGCUUGGGGAUCGACGUCAACUGCCCAAAUUGUUGAUCCUUGGGGAAUGCCAACAACAAAUAACGGUGCUUCUGCUGCCAACAAUGGUGGUGGAUUAUAUCCAUCGGCUGCGAUGUUGAAUGAUCCGUGGGCUACACAACAAGUUGCACCAACUGUACCGCAACAAUCGAGCGAUCCGUUUGCCGCUUGGGAUGCGCCAGCACAAAAUCAACACAAUCAAUUUGCGGCGAGUGCUAUUCCGACAACUGCGCCACCAAGUUAUGAUUCGAUGGAUCUUUUGGGAGGAGAUGUGAGUUUGACAGUGUUGGGAAGAGCUCUGACCUGAUUUAGAGGCUCUAUCAUGAGUCCUCAGAUUAGAAAUGUUCUUCGAUUCCCACCCAAAACCUCACCUCAACAAAUUUCCUUGCAGAUUCUUGCGCCAACCACCUCAUCAACCACACUCACCGCCGGCAGCACCAACGGAACUCGAAAAACACCCGAAAACUUUUUGGGCGAAAACUCGAACCUCGUCAAUUUGGAUAACUUGCUCGGCACCGCUGCAACAACAUCAUCAGGUAAGCGAAUAUCUCCUGGAAAUUUAAAAAAUCAAUCGAUAAAUUAAUUAAUUUUUAAAAUUUCUUCAGCUCCACUUCCAAAUGGUAUGUGUUGAAAUCAGUUUUUCUUUUUAAUUAUUAUUAUUUCAAUAAUUUCCGCUAUUUUUAAAAACUAACCCCCCUUUAAACGCUUUUUAUGAAUACACUAGAUUAAAUUAGAUAGAUGCAUGAUUUCUUCUAAUGUUUCUUUUGGAACCGGCUGAAACUAGCCUGGUUUCGAAAAAAGUUUCUUCAAAAAUCCAAAAAACAAAACAAAAUCCGAAUUUUUAGGUGGCAACCCAUUCUUGACGUCAUCAACCGCAACAGUAACCAGCAAUCCAUUCGCCGCACAACAACGCAAAUCGCCGACACUAAAUGAGAUGCGAGCCGCGCAAGGACAAGCGCCACCAGUCCCAUCAAUGGCACCACGUGGCGGACUCCCACAACCAGUCGCCAACCCAUUUGCGAAUCCAUUCUAA